AUGGUCUCGUCUUCUGCGUUUCGGCUUACUAACUCCGGCGCAACCGCCGCAGCGCUGCGAGACGCGCAGGCGCGGCGCGUUCGCGUCCCGACGCACCGCGUCGGCGCCCUCAAAAAGCAUUGGAAGGCGCUCAUUGAGCCGCUCACGGCGCACCUCAAGCUCGCCGUCAAGUUUGACCCCAAAUCGCUGCAAAUUCUGCUGCUGCCAGCGGCGCUGCUCGCCGCGUCGGCCGACGACGCCGCCUUUGCGCGCGAGACCGCGCUCGCCGAGGGCGAGGCGCACUGCGCUAAAGCCGUCGAGUACCUGAACGCCUUCCUCGCCGGCUUCGCCGUGCAGGACUGCGUCGCGAUUCUGCGGUUGCGCGACAUCUACCUGCAGUCCUUUAAAGUCACUGACGUCAAGAACCUCAAGCGCGAUCACCUCAAGCGCGCCAUCGCGCGCAUCGUCGGGACCAAGGGCCGCACCAAAAACUCGAUCCAACACUCCACCAAGACGCGGCUGCUCAUCGCAGACAAGACGAUUCACUUGCUCGGCUCGCACGAGAACAUCGCGCUCGCGCGCGACUCCAUCUGUUCGCUGAUCCUCGGCGCGGAGCCUAGCAAAGUGCACACCCACCUCAGCGUCGUGAACCGCAUCAUGAAGGAAAAAAUUUAG